AUGACCAAAGAAGCGCCGUCGCAGUCGGUCACAGAGCUCAAUGCCUGUGUUUCCACGGGCCACCGCCCUGCCGUGAAAGAAACCACGUUCCGAGAAUGGGUAGUUGACAAUCAAAUCGGAAUUUCAUUGACAAUCCUUUCUAUGCUAUUGGCCGUGCACCAUCUCUACCCUUCUCUAAGACCUUAUACCGCUCCGUUCUUCCAACUAUCCUACUAUCAAGCUUCUCAAGGCGUUUACGUUCAGGGAUGGGAUGAUAUUUACUUUGUCGCUAGUUCCGCGAUCGCCUUUACGGCCAUCCGGGCCAUUGUAAUUGACUGGGUUCUUCGACCAAUUGCGAUGCAUACAGGACUGAAACGGAAAGCUUCAGUUCGGUUUGCCGAACAAGGCUGGAUGUGGCUGUACUACGCGUUCUUCUGGACUUUCGGCAUGUACAUUUGGUCGAACUCCAAUCACUGGAUGAAUUUUGCCGCCAUCUGGGAUGAGUGGCCUGCUCGCGGCGUCUCAGGCUCGCUCAAAUGGUAUCUCCUGGCACAGCUUUCAUUCUGGAUACAGCAGAUUUUCGUCAUCAACAUCGAGGAGCGGAGAAAAGACCACUAUCAAAUGUUUACCCAUCACAUCAUCACCAGCACUCUCUUAACCUCCGCCUAUAUAUACGGAUUCUACAAUGUCUCUAAUGUGGUUUUGUGUCUGAUGGAUAUCGUGGAUCUCUUGUUGCCAACCGCAAAAAUAUUGAAGUACUUUGGUUACGAGCUGGCGUGCAACGUUGCCUUCGGUGUUUUCAUGCUCACGUGGCUGAUCACACGUCAUAUAAUGUACCCUCUGCUGUGCUGGUCCAUCUUUAAGGAGGUUCCCGCGAGGAUGUCGUACGGCUGUUAUUCCGGAACAACCGCCGAAAUGAUCUCGAACGAUGGGUACCCCGAUCAACUGGCCCAUCUUUUCUACCCAUUCCUGAACAUCGAUGGUCCUAUCUGCAUGAAUCGCACCAUCAAGUGGAUCUUCCUAUCCCUCCUGCUAUUCCUUCAGGUGUUGUCCAUCAUCUGGUUCGCGAUGGUCAUCCGCGUUGCGGUUGGUGUUCUCCGUACUGGAAAUGCAGAGGACUCGCGCAGUGAUGAUGAGGAAGAAGAAGAGAUGGAGAUGAGAAUCUCGAGCAAGGAUGGCCCUAAUGGAAGUGCGGCAGGUUCUGAUGGCACCACUGCCGACUGGCGCCGAUUGAACGGAUCAUCUACCGUACGCCCUCGCGCACGUGGGCGGGUUCGACUCGGUGAGCAGAGCGAUCGCAAGGCACUACUAGGCAGAAUCGGAUGCGACAAGCCAACCUAG